UCAUUUUAAGAUUAAAAAUGGUGAAUUUAUUAACUAGAUGCCUUUCAAUGCUUUUGAAAUUUUGGCUGUAUCACAACCAUGCUAAUAAGUUUGAUAGUGCAUAAAGUAAAUUAAAAGAGGAAAAGCUUUUCUUAACUUGAAAAUUUACUGACAGCUAUUUUGAUUAAUGAUAUGAAGGAGUUUUCUCAAACUUAUGUUCCUUGCACAGCCUAUCUAACACUUUAAUCUCCUCGGUUAUGAAUCCUACUUUAGGAUUUCAAAGAGUAAUUACUCUAAUGCAGCUUUAGCUCCUUUCAGUUAUAUAAAGAUUCACAGAUAAGCUCUGUUCCAGUAUUCCAGGUAUGUUCUUCUAUAUAGUUGUGUAGGUUCAAACAUGGUUUAUUUUGUGAAACAGUGUUUAACAUUGCUUAGCUGGAAGGACUUCCAGAAGAUAGCUUGUUAUUCUGAAUGUCAUUUCAGAGCAGGUUUCUAUUUGCCUCUAAGUACUGUAUAUAUUGUUUUCAUGACUGAAAGAACAGGCUGUUCUUGUCAUGCCGUGCUCCACUGAAUCAUGUUCUGAAACCCUCACAGACUCAAUUUUACUACGUAUUUGUCUUAUAUUCUCACCAGCCAUGUCUUCCUUUAGGGAGAGGAAGCUCUCUGGAACUGGGACUGUUGUCAGUUUUACAUGCUUAAGUGCUUCAGACAGCACAAUUCUGGGUACUUUCCAUGUGAUAAUGUAUUGUACAGAAAAAGAAAGUUUAAAUUACAGUCCUGAGCUGUUGAGUGACACUUGGAUCCAAUAAAGGAGCAGCUGCAAUUUACUUAGAUCAACCUUCUGCUGCUGUAGAGCAGACUAUUCCUUCGGGCAUCUCAUACUGAAGAGUUAUUGAUGUUGAACUAUAGACACAACCUUGAAGAGAACUGUUAGUUUUGUGCAGAGGUUCUGUGCGGUUUGAUUUCUACAUGGACCCAGUGUUGUGGACUGAAGUGAUUUUCUACUGUGUGCCAGAUGCAGCAUUUUAAUUAUACUUUGAUCAGUAGCCUUUUGAAAUUUCAUGUCUUUAAAGCAGAGUGAAGCAAUGGGGGACCCCAAGUUGUGCCAGUGCCUCAGAUACCUGACAUUUGCUGUGAACCUUCGAACAACCUUUACAAAGUCAUAAUUUCCAUGGGUCACCAGAUCAAUGACAUUUGGAGCACUUGUUUUUAAGUACCACUGUGGUACCACUGUCACUGGGCCACACCGGAACUCACAGCUUUUUUUCUCUUGGCAAGAGCCAUUUCCAACCCUCAGAGAGUCAUCCCUGUGCAGUGUAAUCCCGGCAUCCUCGGAGCAUCCAGCCCCUGCCAAGCACUUGCAGCCCGUUCAGGAGUUUCCUUCUUUUUCUCCAAGUGGCUGACUACUGUUGUUUCAGGGCUACUGUUUUCCAUCUCAUCACAGAAACACUAUACCUUCUUGGAGCAUGGAAUUUGUAUGGAAACGAAGGUUGUAUCUUCAGCUGGGCUGUAUAUUGAUACUGAAUUUGGUUUACGCCAAUCUAGACUAUCAAAAAGAAAUUCCUGCAAGCCUGGGUCAGAUUGACCAUCAGUGCUGGGAAGUGUCAUCCCAUGGGUUGGUGGAAAUGAAGAAACUCAAGGUAGCAGAUACAGUCAUUGAUCUAUGGGACUUCAUGAUGUUCCUAAAGGAAUCGCCCAAGCCCAAACACAAUGAACUUUUCAAUGAUUUAGCCCAGAACUUCUGGGAUAUGUAUGUAGACUGUGUGCUCUCAAGAUCCCAUGGAAUGGGCAGAAGACAAUUAAUGUCUCCCAAAUAUUCUUCCACAUACUCACACAGAACUGUAGAAGGGUCUGAUUUCAUCAACCCAUUUUAGGCCAAAAGAGGAGAAAAUGAAGAUACCUCAACAAGGCAACAUGAAAAUGAAGGAGCACAAAAGCACAGCAUAUACUGUGGAUGCAUAGACAACUCCACUGGCACGGUUCAACCCUUUUUCUUUUCUCUGUAUAAAGUACUUAAGCACUGCUAAACUGAUAAGUCUGUGAGGUCCCACAUUGUCACUUCUGCUUUCCCGUUUUGCAGUCUACCAAGGCUGCCUUUUUCCCAUGGCAUGUGUUAAUGCUUUUGUGUUUUGAGUCAAUACCUUUGUUCUCUCAGGUAAGCAUGUAAGUCUGAACCAGUGUCAUAUUUUUGUAGAAGCUUAUUUUUUCCAAUAAUUCUCUUUUUUAAAAGUUAAUUUUGAUGGAAACUCAAUAUAUUUUUAUACAUUAAGCAAUGGAGAAAAUGUCAACAAACAUAUUUUAUACAGUGUCUUGCACAUACAAUCAACUUUACUUUUAAGAAUUGCAAAAAAAAGUGUGACAUCAAGCUCAAGGGAAGGAUUGUGCUCAUUGUAAUGUCCUGUGCAGUCUAAACUUUUUAUUUUGUCACUGCGUAGUCUAGGCUAUAGGUUAAUUAAAGUAUUUUUCUAUGCAGCAAGGUCUGAAUAGUAGUCAUUUUCUUGUCUAUUAGCAUGUUAUUUGCAAAAUCACUAGAUUAUAGUUAGAACAGUACUCUACACAAGCCUGCUUUUUAUUUACCCAUUCAUACACGUAAAUAAGGUGAUAGAGCCUCUCCCUGUCAUAGCAAGUGACAUCACGGUUGAGAAGUGACACAUGCAUCAAGUGGUUUGAAAGAGUGAGAGACUGGCUUGACAAAUGUUCCCAUUAUAAGAAACCAUCCAGCAUGGGUAAACUAAUUCAGGGAGAUUAACUGUCUAGUUAAUCCAUUUCUCCUGAGCACAGAAAGCUCAAAGAGAACAAAUGGGAGCACUCAGAGAUGCUGACUGUUCCCUGCUUCACUCCUUGGGCAAUGUAGCUUGUUCAGUCCCUGUUGUGUUCUAGCCUUUUAUGAGAUCCUAACUGGGUUUAAUUAUUGUAGGAAAAAGUACUUACACAGUAACAGCAUAUAAACCCUCAGCAAUGACAAGAAAUCCACCCCACAUAAUGCCUAGCUCAUAUAUAGUUCUUAAAAUAGCCAGUUCUCAUAGAGGAAUCAUGAUGCACCCUGUGGGAAAACACAGCUUGGAUUGUUCUUUAACUUUCUUGGAAGGAGCUGUGCAGAGGAGUGUGAGAUGUGCAGUGCUUCACUGGGUAUUUAGCCUUGGAUGUGACAAGUAGGCAAAUUUAUGUCCAGUAGGGAGGACAGGCCCAACUCGCUGGCAGGAAGGAAGACAUCGCUGUCCACCUCUGCUUAUCUUCACACCCAGGUGCCUAAUGGCUACAUGGCCUCACUGGACAUGACUUGUGAAGCGAAGGCUCUGUGGUCACAGGUCGUGCAGUAAAGGCCUGGAUCUAAGCCUGUAUGACUUCACCUGGUGAUCUGCAUGUGAGGCAAGCCCUGAGGUUAACGAAGCUUGAAUUUACAUACAGCAGGCACUGGGCAUCUCCCCUACCUUUUUUCCUAGUUAAUAAACAUUGUUAGUUUGUUAAGAACCAAUCAAUACACUAGUUAUGACUUAAAUCCCACCUGGUCAAAAGGUAAUAAAUUAGUUCUUGGAUCCUUUGCUCAGUGAGAGAAGAGCCCCUCCCCUGGAACGGGCCAAGAAGCCUGGUCGAGAGGCAGAGACACCUCCUUGGGUAAAUAUUGUGCAUCCCCAGGUUUAUUGUGUAUUGUAUACUUUUUACUAUUAUUGCUAGCAACACUGACACCUAUUAAUAGCACUAUUGUAGUCAGUGCAUUUCUCAAAGGCUAUCUCAAAGCUGUUGUA